AUGCUGAGCCCGCUUUUCGAAGCCGCCCCACCGGCUCGCCUCACACUCUGGCUCCCACACUCUCAUUCGCAAAGCAGCCGCCUCCUCCGCAAGCCCCCAGCCACGCUUCGCCUCCCUGUCAUGUCGACCGCCAGCCCCUACCAGUACCACCUUGACGACGAGAGCCUCUUCGCUAUGGACACGGUGCUAAAAGUAACCAGCGAACAGGCGCUCUGCGUCGAGUGGUGCAUAGUGGUGGGCCUAAUCGACAGGGAGAAGUGCUGCCCCAAGUGCCAGCUCCUCAUGCGCCGAGCGCCAACGCGGAAGCGCUGGCGAUGCUGCCGGCGCACACAGCAUGCCGAUGGCAAGGAGGCCAGCCGCGGCUUGCUCACGGACUCGUUCUUUAACGAGAGCAAGCUGCAGCUGUGCAGUACUGUGCGCCUCCUCCUUGGCUGGGCCAUGCGGCUCCCGCAAGAGCAAGCGGCUGAGUGGGCGGAGCUGCUUCGAUCCGAGUUUAAGAUCGGCGGAGAUGGCAUGGUCGUCGAAAUUGAUGAAACGAGUCUGUCAAAGAAGCGGAAGUACAACCAAGGUCGCCAUUACGAAGAGUUCUGGCUCUUCGGUGGUGUAGAUCGGGGCACGGGGCGCUGGUUUGGACGGGUCGUGCGCACCAAAGCCAUGUUGCUUCCUAUUAUUAAACGGUUCAUCGAACAUCGCACGCACAUAAUGUCGGACAUGUUCGCAACAUACGUGUGCGAGCGAGGCAACAAGCAGCACACGCUGGAGAACAACAGGACGCUGCUGAGCAUGCGCUACUCGCACUCAUGGGUGAAUCACAGCCUAAACUUUGUCGAUCCUGUCUAUGGGCCUAUGGGAAACGAGGAUCAAACGGCACAUCAAGUCGAUGAGAGGGAUGAGCAAUGA